AUGUUCGAGAAAAAGUUCAACAUUGAAGUACAAACUUUACAGCCUUUACGUGAGUUUCUUGCACAACUGAAAGAAGAAGGUAGUCAGCCACAACUUAUAGACUUUCAUUAUGAAUUUAAUGAAAAUGAAGAUGGAACUCAUGACUGUCAGUUUGUUGUAUUCUCACCAUUCAAUGAAGUCGCUAAAGAGAAAGAAAAUCCAUUACGUAUAAGAUUUCAAAUCUCUGAACCCAAUGAUGAUUUCAAGAAUGUUUUCAAUUAUGAUGCAAUGCUUCCGAGGAAAAAUGAAUUUUCAAAGAUUGUAACACCUGGCAUUUGGGAUAGAAAGCAAGCUAUAUUAUAUUCAAACUUAAGUAAGGGAGUUGAAAAUGAGUUCAUUGGUCAUACAAGAACUACACCACUGCCAAAUCCUAAAUACUAUAAAUUAACUGGCUUCAAUCGUGAGUUUUGGAUAGACAUGUUCUCCACUCAUGACCAUAACUGCCCAGUGUUCUUACCUCCAGACCAUAAGGACUGUCUCUACAUUGAAGCACAACUCUUAAAUUCUACAAUAGCUGUAUUGUAA